UUUCAUGAAACAACCAAUGCUCACAACAUAAUCUUCGUUUCCAGAUGACCAUUGACAUUAUGAAUUAUUACGCGUGCGCUGUCGCCUGCUGGGCGCUGCUGGCUGUGGUCGGGCGAGCGACGCCGGCGAAGAUCGAAGGCCUGGAACAGACGCAGGAAAUUGAUGAUGUGGACUACAGAGAUCCUCGACUGAUUCUUUUCAAGUUCAUCUCGGUCGCCCAUGAUAGCUGCAUCACCACAAGCAACACGCAAGGAAUUUGUUACUCGGCCACCGACUGCACAAACUUGCAGGGCACCGCAAGCGGCACCUGCGCGGCAGGACUGGGAGUUUGUUGCACGUUUACGCGCAAUUGCGAAUCGUCAACGAACAUCAACGGAACACUCUUCCAGAAUCCAGAAUACCCUUCAGUGACAACCGCUGCUCUUGCUGCCUGUAGGCUCAAAGUUAGUCCCGUCAACAACAACAUCUGCCAAAUACGUCUGGACUUGACUGACUUCUCCAUCGGCCAGCCCAAUGCAGAGGGGGUUUGCGUCACUGACUUUCUGCAAGUGACCGGAGGAGCGACGAACAUCCCUUUGAUUUGUGGUGAAAAUGCUGGACAGCAUCUGUACCUGGAUGUGAGCCCCGACUUUGGGAGCAUCACGAUCAAUGUUGACACCUCAACGGUCGGAGCCAAGUGGAACAUCUCCGUUACUCAAAUAUCGUGCAACUCCCCCUACCGAGCUCCGUCGGGAUGCCUUCAGUAUUUCACGAGCACAUUUGGGACCAUCAAAAGCUUCAACUACGACGCAAAAACAACCUCAACCACCACCGCCCCCACGGCUACCACUCAACUGGCGAACCAGGAAUACGGCGCUUGCAUCAAGUCACAGACGGGUUUCUGCAGCGUUGUUUACAGCAAAACUUCUGGCGUCAGCGCCGACUACAGCUUCUCCAUGACUGAUGACCCUACCUCAUAUGCACCAGGAACUGUCAUACCCGGAAUGGUGAAGAGCUCAAACUGUUCAACGGAUUACUUGGUAAUCCCGAGCGGUAUUAUAGCCGACACAAACUUAAUAUAUUCUAACAUCACUGCUGCUGAUCGCUACUGCGGGGCCAAUUUCGCUGCCUCCCCAGACACAAUUGCAUCCAAGGUGCAGCCGUUCGUCCUGUACGUGGUCACUGAUGGUACAGAGGUCGGCAUCGACGGCUACAACGUGGGCUUCUCCAUCGACUACAGAAUGCAAGCUUGCUGAUCGCAGAGCUGCAAUUUAUAUUUAAAUUUCAAUUAUUUUACCUGCAAUUGCCUGUUAUUUUAUGUUAAGAUGCUUGUGAUGAGCAUGUAUGCUAUCAGUUACACGCACUGGUUCAUAUCUAAGAUAUUUUAUAAUUGUUGUGUACCGUCCAGAGUGUCCCAAAAUCAGGAGAAUUGCCUAUGUUAUUUUAGGUUAAGAUGCUUGUGAUGCGCAAUAAGCUAUCACUUAUAAGCACUGGUUCAUAUCUAAGAUAUUUUAUGAUUGUUGUGAAUAGCGUCCCAAGUGCCCCAAAAUCAGAAGAGACGACAUACGUAAAUAUGACAUCGUUGUUAUUUAUUAAACUAAAUCUAAUGAGAAGAAUAUGAUCUGAAUGUUAUUUGGCAUCGGAUUAUCAUUUACUCUUUUAUGCAUGGCAUUUUGUAA